CCCCCUCCUCAUUUAACUCUUCUCUCUCCCAUCCUUUUCUCUGCUCUCCUCUCUGCUUCCUCAUCUGGCUCCGGUGAGCUUGCCGGCAGUAUCCGGCGGCGAUUCCUUGCGCCGCUUCGGUUUCAAGGCUCUGGAUUCCCUCGCAACUGGACGAGCUGGCGAUCGAGAACCACCAGAAGAUCGGCUUCGUGGGGAGCAAGCAGAAGAAAGUGAUGGUGGGUCCGAUGAUUCGGCUGGCGAAUGAGGACGAUGCUCCGCCAUGGCUGAGGCCGCUCCUGAAGACGAGCUUCUUUAUUCCGUGCGAGGUUCAUGCCGAUUCCAACAAGAGUGAAUGCAAUAUGUACUGCUUGGAUUGCAUGGGGCGAGCUCUCUGUUCCUAUUGCCUCGCCAACCACAAGGACCACCAUGUUGUUCAGAUUCGGAGAUCUUCGUACCAUAACGUGAUCAGGGUGUCCGAGGUGUCGAAGUUUAUCGACAUCUCCUGCGUCCAGACGUACAUUAUAAACAGCGCCAAGAUCGUCUUCCUCAACGAGAGGCCGCAGCCGAGGCCCGGGAAGGGGGUGACCAACACCUGCGAGAUUUGCUGCCGGAGCCUCCUCGAUUCCUUCCGGUUCUGCUCCCUCGGAUGCAAGCUUGGAGGCAUGAAGAGAGACCCAGAGCUGGCCUUCACCCUGCGCCCCAAGCCGAGCCGGGAAUUUCUCCAUGGAUCGGAGUCGGACGAGUCGCCGACCCCCCGGAAGCUCCGGAAGACGUCGGCCUUCGGCCGAGCCACCGAAGUCCCGGCGAACCCAUCGGAUGAUGAGGCCGGCAAUGCCACCAGCAGCAUUUCUCCGGGGACCCCUCCCAUCAACGGCUACCGGACGUCCAGAAGAAAGGGUAUUCCCCAUCGAGCUCCAUUCUGAAUAUUAAAUGUAAAUUCCCAAGGGAAGGAAAAAAAAAAAAAAAAGAGGUAGGAGAAUGUCAGAAAUGGUGCAAUACUAAUAAGAUCGAAAGAAGUUUCCAAAGUUUGUAGAAAGAAAAAGGUCUGGAUACAGUGAAUAAAUGUGGAAAGAUACCCACCAUAUAUGGUAAAUGGUAUGGAGAAAGAAGAAUAGACACAAAGGAAGUGGGAAAAAAGAAAGGGAAUCUUAGCUUCUCUCUUCUUUUUUUUGGUUGUAAAUAUAGUUAGAAUGGAAUGCUCCCUCUAUUACUCUCUCCCUCUCUCUCUCUCUUCCCUAAGUUUUCAUGCCUGUAGUGUCUUGGUUUUCUUGUGCUUUUAUUUUCUUCCCUUGCCAUGUAUAUUCUUUUAUUAUUAUUAUUAUUAGCCUUAGCAGUAGGUCUUCUGUACAAAUAGUUGGGUUGUGUAAAUGGAAAUCCUUUGGGAUAACCUUAAUCUGAUCACUU